UUCGUCCGAACUGGCAGCGGUACAGAUGCUGAGGGCCCCUCCCCUCCAGCAGCAGCGUAAUUGGGAGUUUACUGUCUUUCUUUCCCGGAGUGAACUGCCACAGAGGAAGCAGCCACCCAGCACACACACUCACAUACACGCAGAGUGCACUAAGAGUUCAAGAGAGCCGCAGUGUGCGUUGAACUACAAUUAAGGCGAGUGGAAGUAUUAUUCUGGGUUAGAAUUCUUGUUUAUUCAUCCACUCUAUUUUUGGUGGGGACGCGGUUGUGCGAGUGUCAUACUUUUGGUGACUUUUGCUGUUUGAGUCAGCCAAUUAAGCAGAGUGACGCAGCAGUCCAUGUGCGCGUGAGAGGGGAGACAGCUGGAUGCACAGGGUUCGCAGAGAAGGACAGAGUGAAAACGGAACAAGACCACUCCACACACCAUGAGGGGAGAAGACUCUUUGAAUCAGAAUCUGGAUGAGGUUGGGGCUCAGUGCUGCGUGUCUGGCAGUAAUUAUGGUGGUAAAGGGAAGAGGAUUAAGGUACUGUCCCAUCCAGGGGUCCCAUUAGUGGGACUGAUGUUGUUGGCCACCAUCCCCUUUGGAGCGAGCAUCAAACAAAGUGUCCCAAGGGUCACACUCAGCCACAGAGAACUGCUGCAAGCCGGCAGCCUGUCUAUGUUUUUAGGCCCCUCUGAUGGCCUGCACUCCCACUCAAUCCUGUUAGAUGAAGAGAGGGGUCGUCUUCUAUUUGGAGCCCAGGAUCACAUCUACCUUCUGGACCCUGACAAUCUGGCCAAAGCCCCAAGAAAGAUUCACUGGCCUGCUCCCCGGGACCGAGUAGAAAUGUGCAGACUGGCAGGCAAAAAUGCAAAUGUGGAGUGUGCUAACUUUAUCAGGGUCCUCCACAACUACAAUCGAACACAUGUAUAUGCAUGUGGAACUGGAGCCUUCCACCCCAGCUGCUCUUUCAUUGAAAUCACCGGACGCAGAGAGGACGGCGUGUUCCAGCUGCUGUCUAACACAGUGGAGUCUGGCAGAUUGAAAUGUCCUUUUGAUCCCUUGCAGCCAUUCACCUCAAUCCUCACAGAUCAGUACCUGUAUGUGGGCACAUCUUCAGACUUCCUGGGCAAAGACACCACAUUCACACGCUCCCUCGGACCUCCACCUGACCAGCACUACAUACGCACAGAUAUCUCUGAAGACUACUGGAUCAAUGAGGCCAGGUUUAUAUCUGCUCAUCCCAUUGCAGACACCUACAACCCAGACGAUGACAAGAUAUACUUUUUCUUCCGUGAGGUGUCGUGGGAAGGUAGCGAUAAGAGCGUCGUGUCCCGAGUGGCUCGUGUGUGCAAGAAUGAUGUAGGUGGGCUGAGGAGUCUGACCAACAAAUGGACCACCUUCCUCAAAACCAGACUUGUGUGUUCCAUCCCCGGACCAGAUGGAGUGGACACACACUUUGAUGAGCUCCAGGAUGUUUUUCUGCUUCCUACGAGAGAUGACAAGAACCCUAAAGUGUACGCAGUCUUCACCACCUCAAGCUCGGUUUUCCGUGGGUCAGCUGUAUGUGUCUACAGCAUGGAAGACAUACGGGCUGUCUUUAACGGACCUUAUGCCCACAAGGAAGGGCCUGACCACCGAUGGGUUGAAUACGAGGGGAGGAUACCUUACCCUCGUCCUGGAACGUGUCCCAGUAAAACAUAUGACCCCAGGAUCAAGACCACCAAAGACUUCCCAGAUGAGGUGGUCAGCUUCAUUCGAUUCCACCCUCUCAUGUAUCGCUCUGUUUACCCGCUGACUGGACGACCCGUGUUCACACGUGUCAGAGUGGACUAUACCCUGACUCAGAUUGUGGUGGACAGAGUAAUGGCAGAGGAUGGACAUUACGAGGUCAUGUUCCUGGGAACAGAUGCUGGCUCAGUUCUGAAGGUGGUGAGCAUCACUCAAGACAACUGGUCAACAGAAGAAGUGGUGCUUGAGGAACUGCAAGUUUUCCAGGCUUCCACUCCCAUCCUCAGCAUAGAGAUGUCUUCAAAACAGCAACAGCUCUUCGUGGGUUCAAGUGAAGGUCUGGCCCAGGUUUCACUCAGUAGAUGUCACCUAUAUGGUCAAGCCUGUGCUGAAUGCUGCCUAGCAAGGGACCCCUACUGCGCCUGGGACGGACACACAUGCUCAAGAUAUAUCCCAGCAUCCAAGAGGCGUGCAAGGAGACAGGACAUCAAACAUGGAGACCCUGCCAGUCAGUGCUGGGACACUGAGGACAGUGUCAUUGGGGCCAAGGCAGAAGAGCGGGUCCUUUUUGGGGUGCAGUCCAACUCCACUUUCCUUGAGUGCAUCCCAAAAUCCCAGCAGGCCCAGAUCCGGUGGUACAGACAGAAACCUGGAUCUGAACGCAGGGAGGUUCGGCUGGAUGAUCGAGUCGUGCACACAGAACGAGGUCUCCUCAUUCGCUCCCUUCAAGCUUCCGAUGCUGGUGUGUAUGUCUGUGUGGCUCAAGAACACUCACACUUCACACACACUCUCCUCCGUCUCACCCUACAACUGGUUACACACGGACACCUUGAUGGGAAGCCCAAGCCCAGUGAAGGUCCCAUGGUGGAGCUGCGUCAUGGAGCUGAGUCCCGUCAGCGUUACAAAGACUACCUGCGAGUGAUGAGUGCUCCCUUUGGCUCUCUGGAAGAGUAUUGUGACUCUCUGUGGCUGGAGAAGAGGCCAUCAAGGGCGCGAGGAAAAGGCUUGGGAGGGGGCAAAUGGAAACACAUUCAGGAAAUGAAGAAGAACAGGAACAGGAGACACCAUAGGGAGAGGGAGGACGAGAGGGAGAAACCAGGGAGGGGGGUGAGGAUGACAGGGCAGUGAGUGCAGCAUCAAGGUCUAAAUAUCUGUGUUUCUAGACAGAACUGCAGAAUUGCAAUGACAAAUCAAUCCAGGAGCAAGCCAAGCUGAAAGUGACAUAGGACUGAAAUAUUAAAAUUUCAAUGUGCCAUUCUGGUCGCUGUUCAUGCAUUACCAUUCUUCAUUUGUGAAACAGCUAAUUUUGCUCAUUAUCAGCUGACUUCAGAUUUAGCUGCAGUUCUACUGAAGUAAUGCUGACCAGAUGAAGGACAGCAACAGGACUGCUCUUUUUUCAGCCUGGCAAAGGUUUCCCCAAACAGUUCACACUGAGACUGAUAAAUGAUGUCAACAUAUGGCUGAAAUAGCAAGAUUAGAAAAGUAAAGAUGAAAAACAAAGACUUUUUGCUUGUAUGGAUGAGACUGCAUUCAUGUUAAAUGACUGUAAAUAGUUUUAAAAUGUGUACAGGAGAUACAGCAUGCUCAACUUAGCCUUAUUACUGACAUUUGUAACUUUAAUGAUAAUCAUGUAUUAAGUUUGGACUAACAAAACAACAUAUUUUUGUACAAAUGCUCCACUCCUCCUAUGUACUGUAAGUUUACUCAAAGUGUCUUUUUGAAAAGUAAUGUAAAUAAAUAGCUCUUGGAGCCUGUGUUUUUCUGAAUUGUACCCUUACAUUCUGUGAAGAGAUAACAUCUAAUCGACAGAGAAUUUUAUACAGUAAAAGUGUGGUUCCAGGCUGUCUCAUACAAGCAGCAGACAGGCUGAGAGUGGGUUAGGGUUAGAUCAGCCUCUCCUCUCCUGAUAUAGCAACAAAAGUCCCUGCACACUGAAUGCAGAUGUCAGAAUGAUUCAGGACCAGCUGGUCUGCUGUUUAGUGUGUGUGAGUAUGCAUGUGUGUGUUUGCGAACAAGACAGAUAAAAGUUCGAAAGUUGUAUCCUAAGGGGUAACCGUGCAAAAUAUAAAAGCUUGUCAUCAAACUGAAGGAACUAAGAGAUUUCAGAGAAUUAAUUUUUGGAAGCUGUGAAGUUAUCAACAUAAGUGGCAUGAGUAUGAAACAUUAUGCAACUCAAUGUAGGUGACCUGAAAAGCUGUUUAGACUUGUACAAUAAGGUCAGCAACACCCCACACUGUGCAGGGUAUAAAUGUGUUGCAGACUAGGUAGAGAUUUUGAAAAAAAAUUGAAUUCCCUGAAAGUUGUGUUAAUUAGAAUCAGCCUACUGUCUUUGUCAGAAACACUUUCCAGUUCAUAGAUGUUUAAAAUUUACACUAUAGAAAUCUCUAAGCCUAACAGUUGAUCAUGUCUUUUUCCCUUUGUAUACAUCUCUACGUACAAACAACACUCAGCUCUCCCGUUUCAUCUCUCCACUGUAAUUUUCUUCAUGUUUCUUGUAACAAAGACAAUAAAUAUUUCAAGCACUU